AUGUCGAUCGAUCCGCAAACCCUGCUCAAUGUGCUGGAAAGAGCUCAGAAACCCGAUCGAUUAGGUGGAUUGGUGAAAGAGGCUUUGGUAUUGAUAGAAACGGUGUUGAGCAAGCUAGGAGAAGAAUCCGUAGCUAUGUCAUUCAACGGUGGUAAAGACUGUACUGUACUACUACAUAUAUACGCUGCUGUCCUAUACGCCCGCCAUACAAAAGCAUGUCAAACUUCUCUCCUACCCCAACCAGACGAAUUCAUCCAGAUACCCUCGUCCUCGUCCUCGACUUCCCAACCUCCUUUGACCCCAUCUUCAUCAUCUUCCGAACCCGUCGCUCCUCCCCCUCCUAUAGAUGACCAACCUUCCUCGUUAUCAUCACACGCAACACAUCAUCAACCUUCAGAAUCCGAAUCAUCUCUUCCCUACCCCCCAAUACGGAGCAUCUACAUAACUGCUCCCAACCCGUUCCCAGAAUUGGACGAAUUCGUAAUAGAUUGUACGAAGAAAUACAAGUUGGAUUUAUAUAGGUUCGGAGGAGGUAUGAAAUCAGCUUUGGAAGAAUGGCUGAAUAAAGGUGGGAAAGGGUGUAGGAGCGUUUUGGUAGGUACGAGGAAAGGUGAUCCGAAUGAUAACGUGAAUGUGCUCGCACCCACCGAUCCAUCCUGGCCUCAAUUCCUAAGAGUCCACCCAAUACUCCAUUGGACAUAUUCCGAUGUAUGGGAUUUCCUAUUGGAAUUGAACGUACCGUAUUGUAUAUUGUACGAUCAAGGGUAUACAUCUUUGGGAUCCACUACCAACACUUCCCCUAAUCCAUUGUUGAAAAAUCCCAAUACCUCCAGUGGGUGGGAUCCAGCUUAUAAACUGAAAGACGUUACUCAAGAACGUGCAGGAAGACAUUAA